UUCCCUAUCUUCACCCAAGGCAGCGGCACCACGGAGGGGAAGGGCAGGGGCUGGCCGCCAUGGCGACGCCCUUCUCCCAGCCCCGGCGGCGCCCUCCCCUUUUGCACCAGGCCAUCAAGAUAAGACGCCGCCGAGUCAGAGAUCUGCAGAAUGCCCUGCCCCACAGGGGUCAGGAGAUCGAGCCAACAUCCCACCACUUGUCCCCUGAGGAGCGGGCCCUGCUCUACGAGGAAGCUCUCUACACGGUCCUGUACCGCCUGGGUCAGCCUGAGUCCGCCCAUGUCGGGGAGUCCUCUGAGCUGCUGCAAUACCUGCAGGAGGCCUUCCAAGUGGAGCCCAAGGAGCACGAGCAGAUGCUGCGGCAGGUCCAGGAGCUCGAGAAACCAAUAUUCUGUCUGAAGGCCACGGUGAAACAAGCCAAGGGCAUUCUGGGCAAGGAUGUCAGUGGGUUCAGUGACCCCUACUGCCUGCUGGGCAUCGAGCAGGGGGUGGGUGUGCCGGGGGACAGCCCUGGGCCCCAGCGGCGGCAGAAGGCCGUGGUGAGGCACACCAUCCCAGAGGAGCAGAUCCACCGCACCCAGGUCAUCACUCAGACACUCAACCCCGUCUGGGACGAGACCUUCAUCCUGGAGUUUGAGGACAUAAGCAAUGCCAGCUUUCGUCUGGACAUGUGGGACAUGGACACCGUGGAGUCCGUCAGACAGAAGCUCGGGGAGCUCACAGAUCUGCACGGGCUGCGAAGGAUCUUUAAGGAGGUCCGGAAGGACAAAGGUCAGGAUGACUUUCUGGGGAACGUGGUUCUGAGACUACAGGACCUGCGCUGCCGGGAGGAUCAGUGGUACCCUCUAGAGCCUUGCACGGAGACCUACCCAGACCGUGGUCAGUGUCACCUCCAGUUCCAGUUCAUUCACAAGCGGAGAGCCACCGCGGCCAGCCGCUCGCAGCCCAGCUACACAGUGCACCUCCACCUGCUGCAGCAGCUCGUGUCCCACGAGGUCACCCAGCACCAGGCAGGCAGCACCUCCUGGAAUGGGUUGCUGAGCCCCCAGGCUGCCACCGUCCUCUUCCUCCACUCCACGCAGAAGGACCUGUCCGACUUCCACCAGUCCAUGGCGCAGUGGCUGGCCUACAGCCGUCUCUACCAGAGCCUGGAGUUCCCCAGCAGCUGCCUCCUGUACCCCAUCACCAGCAUCGAGUACCAGUGGAUCCAGGGCCGGCUCAAGGAAGAGCAGCUGGAGGAGCUGGCCGCCUCAUUCAGCUCCCUGCUGGCCUAUGGCCUCUCCCUCAUCCGGAGGUUCCGCUCUGUCUUCCCCCUCUCCGUCUCCGACUCCCCAGCCCGGCUGCAGUCACUUCUCAGGGUCCUGGUACAGAUGUGCAAGAUGAAGGCCUUUGGAGAACUGUGCCCCGAAAGCGGCCCCCUGCCCUGCCUGGUGACCGAGGCACUGCAGACUGGCACCACUGAAUGGUUCCACCUGAAGCAGCAGCACCAUCAGCCCAUGGUGCAGGGAAUGCUGGAGGCGGGCAAGGCCUUACUGAACCUGGUACAAGACAUCAUUGGCGACCUGCACCAGUGCCAGCGCACCUGGAGCAAGAUCUUCCAUAACGUCCUCAAGAUCGACCUCUUCUCCAUGGCUUUCCUGGAGCUGCAAUGGCUGGUGGCCAAGAGGGUGCAGGACCACAUUGCGGUGGUGAGCGGUGCCGUGACCCCGGAGAUGGGCGAAAGUCUGUUCCAGCUCUACGUCAGCCUCAAGGAGCUCUACCAGCUGGGCCCGGUCCCCUCGGAGAGGGAUGGCGUCCUGGCCCUGGAAGGCUUCCACCACUGGUUCCAGCCGGCCAUCCCCUCCUGGCUGCAGAAGACGUACAGUGUGGCCCUGGAGCGGGUGCAGCGCGCUGUGCAGAUGGACGAGCUGGUGCCCCUGGGUGAACUGACCAAGCACAGCACAUCGGCUGUGGAUCUGUCCACCUGCUUUGCCCAGAUCAGCCACACUGCCCAGCAGCUGGACUGGCCUGACCCAGAGGAGGCCUUCAUGAUCACCGUCAAGUUUGUGGAGGACACCUGUCGGCUGGCCCUGGUGUACUGCAGCCUUAUAAAGGCCCGGGCCCGUGAGCUCUCUGCCGGCCAGAAGGACCAAGGCCAGGCAGCCAACAUGCUAUGUGUGGUGGUGAAUGACAUGGAGCAGCUGCGGCUGGUGAUUGGCAAGCUGCCCACCCAGCUGGCAUGGGAGGCACUGGAGCAGCGGGUAGGGGCCGUGCUGGAGCAGGGGCAGCUGCAGAACACGCUGCAUGCCCAGCUGCAGGGCGCCCUGGCUGGGCUGGGCCAUGAGAUCCGCACUGGCGUCCGCACCUUGGCCGAGCAGCUGGAGGUGGGCAUUGCCAAGCACAUCCAGAAGCUCGUGGGCAUCAAGGAAUCCGUCCUGCCUGAGGAUGCCAUUCUGCCCCUGAUGAAGUUCCUGGAGGUGAAGCUCUGCUACAUGAACACCAACUUGGUGCAGGAGAACUUCAGCAGCCUUCUGACCUUGCUGUGGACCCACACGCUCACGGUGCUGGCGGAGGUGGCCGCUUCCCAGCGGAGCUGCCCUCUGGCUUCUAGCAGGCUGAAGAUCGCACUACAGAACCUGGAGAUCUGCUUCUAUGCAGAGGGCUGUGGCCUGCCGCCCGAGGCCCUGCACACGGCCACCUUCCAGGCUCUGCAGAGGGACCUGGAGCUGCAGGCGGCCUCCAGCCGGGAACUCAUCCAGAAGUACUUUUGCAGCCGCAUCCAGCAGCAGGCAGAGACCACCUACGAGGAGCUCGGGGCCGUCACAGUCAAGGCCUCCUACCGCGCCUCCGAGCAGAAGCUGCACGUGGAGCUGCUCAGCGCCUCCAGCCUGCUGCCCCUGGACUCCAAUGGCUCCAGCGACCCCUUUGUCCAGCUGACCUUGGAGCCCAGGCACGAGUUCCCUGAGCUGGCCCCCCGAGAGACCCAAAAGCACAAGAAGGACCUUCACCCACUGUUCGAUGAGACCUUUGAAUUCCUGGUGCCUGCUGAGCCGUGCCAGAAGGAUGGGGCGUGCCUACUGCUCACGGUGCUGGAUCACGACACGCUGGGGGCUGAUGACCUUGAAGGGGAGGCCUUCCUGCCGCUGCGCUCGGUGCCGGGCCUGACGGGGACUGUGGAGCCCGGCGACGUGCCUCAGACCCGCCUGCCCCUCACCUACCCUGCACCCAACGGGGAUCCAAUCCUGCAGCUGUUAGAGAGCCGGAAGGGUGACCGCGAGGCCCAGGUGUUUGUGCGGCUGCGGCGGCAGCGAGCCAAGCAGGCCUCCCAGCACGCGCCGUGGCCAGGGCGGUAGC